AUGGCUGCUGAAGCUCCCAACUCAUUCAAAUCCUCUUUUCUGGAUUUCUCCAACCCAACCAACCCCUAUCAACUUGACCAUGGAGAUAAUCCAUCUCUUCCCUUAGUCCCUGAUCUUCUUACUGUCGAUAACUACACUACUUGGUCGAGAGCCAUGUGCAGGGCUCUUCGUGCAAAAAAUAAGCUCGACUUCAUCAAUGGCACCUUCUCCAGACCAAGUUCCACCUCAGAUCCACUCUUUGAUGCGUGGGAGCGAUGCAAUGAUCUGGUGGUUUCCUGGUUGCAUAACUCCAUAAAUCCAUCUCUCAAAUCCAGCAUUGCUUUGGUGGACGAUCCUACUCAGGUCUGGAAAGAAGUCCAAGAACGAUUCACUCAAUCAAAUGGUCAUCGCAUUUUUCAACUCAAAAAGGCAUUAACAGGUCUCACCCAAGACAAUGAUUUUGUUUCUGUUUAUUUUAGCAAACUGAAGACUCUGUGGGAUGAGCUUCUUCUGUAUGAUCCCUUACCUGACUGUACCUGUGGCAAGUUGGUUGUUCUUCUUGAUCGAUAUCAAAGGGAUUGUGUAAUCCAAUUCCUUAUGGGCCUUAAUGAUUCAUACAAUGCCACCCGCGAUCAGAUUAUGAUCUUGGAUCCAUUACCUCCCAUAAAUAAAGUUUUUUCUAUGGUUCAACAGCAGGAACUACAACAUUUCAUGGUACCUAAUCUCCCAUCUACUGAAUCCAUGGCACUUGCUGUUAACCGAUCUUAUCCUUCAUAUAAAUUCUCUCCUAAACCUUUCAAAUCAUCCAAACAUGACAGACCAUUUUGCACCCAUUGCAAAAUUCAAGGUCACACUCUUGAUGUUUGCUUCAAAGCAAGAAAUGCUCAACGUCCAACCUGCACCCACUGUCAUAUAACAGGACACAUUGCUACAAAGUGCUAUAAACUGCAUGGGUAUCCACCAGGCCACAAGUUUCAUGGCAAAUCCACGCAGUUUAAUCCAUCUGCUAAUAUGUCUUCUCUCGACCCAGUAGAAGAAAUCUCAAAUGACAAGAUGACCUUCACCAAAACUCAAUACUAG